UUUUUUUUAUCGAGAAAGGGAAAGUAUAGAGAUAAAGACGAGUAGAUAUGUCUCUUCUGACAAGCAAUUUAAUUUGAGAAAUGUAUGUUUCUUGCACCGUGUUACCGACGUUGAAUUGUCGUUCCAUCAGGCUAAUUGAAUGAAUUAAAGUCAUUCGUAAAGAGAACGUCUAUGUAUUAUGUUUUUUUUUUAACACCUGGUUCUACGAAUCGUGCAGUACCUUUACUUUGUUCUAUCAUUGUAUUAAUCAAAAAAGGUUAUCGACGAUGAAAGGAUAAUGACAGGAGUGGUUAUUUAAUAAAGACUUCUAAAUUGCCGCAGUAACGACAAGUUUCUUCUCGUAAGAGUUAAAGAGUGAAUCGUGUGUUUGAAGAAGAUCGAAAUGUCGACGACGAUUAAAAGACGGAAGACUUGGUACAAUAAAACCGAGGCUGGCAUUAAGCUCGAGUCAUGGUUUACCCGGCCCAAAAAAUCAGGUCGUGGGGGUGGAGUCAGGAGUGGUACCGAUAAUAACACAAUGCCUCGACCACACUCUGGCGAUGAUUUUAAUGAGAUCGAGCAGCAACGUUGUAUCAUCGAGAAAAUGGAUGAGGAGGCUGUUAAUGAUAGGUUCGAAGAAAUGUUGGCCAACAUGAAUUUAACAGAGGAGAAGAAAGCUCCGCUUCGUCAACAAUCUGAAUCGAAGAAGAGAGAGAUGUUGGUAUUACAUUACAAGGGUAGUAUGCAAGAGAAUAGAUCGAAAUUCGACAAACCAGCAGACUACAUUCAAUACCUAGCUCAACCGGAUUUAAGUGUUAACAAGAUUCACAAUUGCAUAGAAUCUCUUAGAAUUGCACUAACGAAUAAUCCUUUGAGUUGGGUUCAAGAAUUUGGUACGAAAGGAUUGAAGCAGGUUUUAGCAACACUCAACGAAUGCUAUAGAAAUGCCUUCAUAUAUUAUGAUAGCGAUAAUCGAUACGAACGAAUACAGUACGAAUGUAUACGGUGUUUAAAAGCCAUUAUGAAUAAUACCGUUGGAAUAAAGGAGAUGUUAGCUCAUCACGAAGCUUUGACAAUAGUGGCUAGAUCGUUGGAACCUACAAAACCAUCCGUGAUGUCGGAAGCUGUGAAGUUACUCGGUGCAGUCUGUUUAAUUUCGAGCGAUAGUCAUAAAAUGGUUUUAGAUGCAAUCACUAUGAAUGGCGAGUUCAAGGGAAGAGAAAGAUUUUUACCCAUUGUACAGGGAUUGAUGAAUAGAAAGAAUGAAAAUCUAAGGGUAGUGUGCCUUCAACUUAUAAAUUCGAUAAUUAAUUCUGCCGAGGAUUUAGACUUUCGAUUACAUUUAAGGAACGAAAUAAUGCGAGUAGGAUUAGCGGAUAUAUUAGAAGCUUUAGAAAAGGAUAAGUCCGACGAUUUAUCUCAUCAUUUAAGGAUCUUCAACGAAUACAAGGAAGAUGAUUACGAAUUAUUUGUACAAAGAUUCGAUCACGUUCGAUUGGAAUUAGACGAUGUGAAUGAUUGCUUCGAGGUAGUUAAAAAUAUGGUAAUGGAGACAUCUGCGGAGCCGUAUUUUUUAUCUAUACUACAGCAUUUACUACUUAUUAGGGACGAUGCUUUGGUCAGGCCAGCUUAUUAUAAAUUAAUAGAAGAAUGCGUGUCGCAAAUAGUGUUACAUCGUUCAGGCUGUGAUCCAGACUUCAGUGCGACGAAACGCUUUCAAAUAGACGUUCAACCAUUAAUCGAUACUUUGGUUGAGAAAUCGCGAGCCGAGGAGGAGAGACGUUUAAUGGAGGUGUCUCAAAAGUUGGAAGAAGCUAUAGCUAGUAAGCAAGAGGCUGAGGCGAAACUUCAACACGCGGAAAAUAAAAUUAAGGAACUUGAACAGGGGGUCGGAAAAAUUGGGGGAGCUAAUGCGAAAGCAAAUUGUCUAAUAAUACCACCACCGAUAUCUGGCGCGAAUGUACCACCACCACCACCACCACCUCCACCACUUCCAAACUCAAUUGGACCACCGCCGCCACCUAUGCCACCUGGAAUGGGCGGUAUGCCGCCGCCGCCACCCCCAUUGCCUGGAACAAAAGGACCACCCGGUAUGGGAGGUCCUAUGCCUCCACCGAUGCCAGGGAUGGGUGGUCCUCCACCUCCUCCUAUGAUGGCUGGAAUUACAUCCAUGAUGCCAUCAUUACCUAAUGGAUUGAAACCGAAGAAAAAGUGGGAGGUUGAGGGUCGGUUAAAGCGGCCCAACUGGAAGGCAAUAUCACCGCAUCAGUUGACGGAAGAAGUAUUUUGGACAAAGGUGCAAGAAGAGAGAUUAGCCGGUCCAGAAAUACUCGAUGGUUUAGCACAAAAAUUUGCGUCGAAACCGAGUGGCAAGAAACUCGACGACGUCGUAGAUAAAUCGGCAACAAUAAAGAAAGUUAAAGAUCUCAAGGUUCUAGAUAGUAAAGCUGCACAAAAUAUAUCGAUACUUCUUGGAGGUACAUUAAAGCACAUGUCUUACGAAGAUGUUAAGGUGUGCUUGUUAAGAUGCAAUGGACCAGUUAUCUCGGAUAACAUAUUGCAAGGAUUAAUUCAAUAUUUGCCAUCUCCAGAGCAAUUAGCCAAAUUUCAACUUUACAAAGAUAAUUAUGAUGACUUGACUGAAGCUGAACAAUUUUGUGUUACGAUAUCGACGAUCAAAAGGUUAUUGCCUAGGCUAAAGUCAUUGAGCUUUAUGCUCAGAUACGAGGAAUUGGUACAAGACAUUAAACCAGAUAUAGUAGCAGGGACAGCAGCUUGCGAAGAGGUUAAAGGAAGUAAAAAGUUUGCGAAGAUUCUCGAAUUGAUUUUAUUGUUUGGAAAUUAUAUGAAUUCUGGAGGUGGAGCUUCUGGUCAAGAUUUUGGUUUUCAGCUUAGUUUUCUUACCAAGUUGACGAGUAUAAAGGCUGCAGAUAACAAAGAAACUCUUAUGCAUUACUUAGUAUCUACAAUAGAAAGGAAAUUCCCAGAAUGUUUGAGUUUUACUGAAGAACUGGCACACGUAGAUAGGGCUAGUCGUGUCUCUUUAGAUAACGUACAAAGAAUACUUCGUCAAAUGGAUUCUAACAUACGAAAUCUUGAACAAGAUCUUGCUAACGCUAGAAUUCCUCAAUGCGACGAAGAUCUAUUUUCGGAGGUCAUGACUCCAUUUGCGAAGAAAGCAAGAGAAUCUUGCGAAGUUUUGAAGAAUAUGUUUAAAAAUAUGGAUGUUCUUUACACCGAGAUAUCUGUAUUUUUCUGUUUCGACAAACAGAAAUAUACAAUCGAAGAAUUGUUCACUGACAUAAGGACGUUCAAAGAUGAUUUCGUGCAAGCACAAAAGGAGAUGUUAAAGUUACGAGAGGCGGAAGAGAAGCAAAGAAGAGCAAGAGAAGCGAGAGAAAAGGCGGAAGCUGAAAAGGCAGCACGUGCAGCAAGAAAGAAAGCACUUGUUGAUAUGAACGCUCAUGAUACUCAAGAAGGUGUUAUGGAUAGUUUGAUGGAAGCACUUCGAACCGGUUCUGCUUUCAGUCGGCCAGACCAACGUCGCAAGAGGCAAACACGCAUUGCUGGUGAAAGGAGAGCACAACUUAAUAGGAGUAGAUCGCGAACAGGGCUAGUAGUUGGAUCUGGUUUGCUUGGAAGAGAACCAUGAACAAAUCUUUUAAGUUCAGCAGUAAUAUACCAGAAUGUCAGAUUUCCGUCCUAAACUUGAUGCUGUGAUGGUUUUACACUUCAAUUAUGUUUGGAAUACCAGAGACAACUAGAUAGGAGAACAUGGUGUUCCAUCCAGCACGACGCAAGAGAUAUCGCGUCCGGUUAUUAUUUGUUAAUAAUAGAAUCGUCGGUUGGUAAUAAGUUCGAUAAAGUCUUCCUUAUAUACUUCAAUAUUAUCUGACCAUGAGUACAACGGUUCAUCUUCUAAUUCAUGUAAUGCAAUUUUAUAUUUAAACAUGGAGCUAUGCAUUAAUAUUCUAGAAAACCAGAAACAAGAAAGCAACAGUUAUAACUGUGCUAUGUCGAAUAAACAUUUCAUAGUUAUUUAAUGAAAUACUUAUUGAUAUAUAAUACAAUGCUACUUAUCAGUGUCAGGUCUUUUAAUACAGAAAAUCAAAACUAUAAUAGAAAAAGGUAAAAUAAUAUAGAUAUUUGACGAGUAGGAAUCUAUUAUUUGGUGCAUAAUUAUUUUGUUUAAUUACGCUUUCUAAAACUUGUCGAUUGUUGUUCGAAAGUGAAUUGUUUCACUGUAAAUCGAGUCAGUCGUACAAAAAUAUCUGUAUACAUAUCCUUCACUAUUUUAUCUUUUUUUGUAUUUUUUAUGUUUUGUAAAAUGUGCUUGUACGAGAACAUGGAAAAUAGUUCUGAUUUAAAGACGAUUGAUAAAUUUGGUGCUCGAUAAACCCGUAAGAAAAAACUUUUCAAAACAUCAUGAUAAUCGAUCAAAAUUAAUUAAUCUUUAUCGGGUUUAAUUAAUAACCAAAGAUCAAGUAGCAUUUCUUUGUCAUUGUCAGCCGUUAUGAAGAUGAUUAUAACACUCAAACGUUGAUGCAACAACGUUGAUGUAACGAUAGUUACAUCGUCCUAGUGAUAUUUAAACACACAUAUAUAUAUACAUACGCGCGAACAUACCUCGACAUACUUGUGCAAAACGUCACACCGUAUUGCCAAUAUAUUUUAUACAUAUAUAGUAUACAUGCACAUAAGUUUUGUAUAGAUAUAAUUUUGCAAUGUUUCUAUUAUUGUAUAAUGUUAGAUAAAGUUGAACAAUUAUAAGAUUACUAUAAAGUAAUCAUUGAAGAAAUCAACGUACAUAUAUAUGUUCGUUUUUAUUCCACUAUAUCAUAAUGAUAAUAGAAGCAAAUAAAUGUGUUCUUAAUUAUUGCUAAAUAAGACAAAAUAUACAUACACACAAAGAAAGAGAGGGGGAGAGUGAGAGAGAAGAGGGAAGAAACGCGUGCUCUUAAUUGCGCACGUAUUUUGUGAUAUAUGCAAUUGUUUUUCUACUUUACGAAAGCAUUAUUUACAUUAUAAGAAGGAAAAGCAGGUGUUUUCUAUUAUUCUUUCUCGCAAUGUAGCAUGCAUUUGAAAGUAUCGCAUUUAUAGGAAAAUGUUCAAAUAUAGACUUGCAAGUCGAUAUUCAGGUUUUUUUUUCUUUUUUUUUAAAAGUGAAUUAAACACUGGUGCAAGUUCCAAUCAAGUGAAAUGUUUGUACAUAGUUGCUAAAUCGUCUAACUCUAACGAGGCACAAACUUUACAUUUUAUAAACUGCUAAAUAUAAUAUAAAUGUAAAUAUAUAUAGAAUACAAAAUAUGUUUAAGGAUAAGUAGAAAAAUUGAUUAUUAGAAUUUAGAGAAAGAAAGUUUUACUCUGAUUGGUAUAAUCAUGAGAAUGAUAAGUACCAUUUUUUCGGUAAUACGGUGCCAAAUUUCAGAUUAUAUGUAUACCUAUGUUGUACAUAUAUACAUAUAUCAUAGACAAGGGAUAUAUUCAUCUUUUUCAUUAUCUAUCUUUAAAAUAUUAGUUUAUUUAACGAUAUAUAAAUCUUAUAUAAUCGUACCUAAAAAAAUUGCUAUACAAUACACAAUUGAAUUUAUUUUUCGAAUCUCAAAACUCGUACGCAGUCAAAAUUGUUCAUAUUGUAGUUUAAAAUAUUGAAUUUUAGGAGACAAUUGUAUCUAUACUGUGAAUAUGUGAAUUUUAAUAAUAUUAAUGUAUUAUUAUUGGUACAUAACAUAUUAUCAAUUUUAUUCAUUUGAUAUUCCCGAUAUGUAAAUAUAAGAAAGUGUAUCAAAAGUCGCUACACCAAGAAAUGAAAAGCAAAACUAAAAAUCAAUACUGGUUUAUUAAUAAAAUUGUUUUUUAUAUAAGGAUAUAAAUGUUUAGUUACAGUGUCGUUAAAAAUGUAUGAGCUAACGAUGGGCUUACUAAAUACUUAUAGAGAAAAAAUUCUAAUUUUUUAGUUCGAUAAAGCGAUUGUUGAGACAUUCUGUAUUAUAUUAUAGAUAAUUUAUUCAUAUAAGUGCUGGUAAUUAUGAUAGUGGACUAAGUUAAAAAUUUUUUUAAAUUAAUUUUAUAAUUUAUUUUAUAUUACAGUUACUGAUAUCGGAAAAUAAAUGAUAAUAUUACUGUUUUUUAUUUGUAGACUUAGCUCAUUGUCAUAAUUUGGGACACACAUAUUACAUGUGAAUAAAAGUAGGAGUUUAAAUAACUGCGACGUUAAAAGAAAACUAAGAAAAUGUAUGUUUUGUAUCUCUUCUUGCAAGAGCAAGUUACUUCGUACUUUUUCUCAAUAAGGAUGGAAAGUGAAAAGCGCGAGAAAUCCCGUUUGGCUAAAUACUUCCAAUAAUGGAAAGAAGAAAUUGCCAUUUUUACGAAAACGACGAUGGCGCGAGUAAGGAAUGAUUGCGAACGUUUAAAAAUGCAUAUUUGCAAUCGAAACUAUCUAACUCCUAUCUAAAUGGUAUUUUUAAUUAAACGAAGGACGUUACGAGCUAUA